AAAAUUAACAAAUUUCAUUUAAGUAACAUAACGAAAAACCUGUAACAAACAAUUUAGAAAUUAUAGUAAUUAAUUAUCAGUUAUCUUUAAUGAGUGAUAAUGAGUUAUUAAUCGCAAUAGAUAAAAUAUCUUCAAUAAAAUCAGUAUGCGUAUUUCAAAUAAUCAGUCGGAGUCGAGACACAAUGAAGUUACAAAGCUUUCUUUACGUAAUAGUUUUAAUAGCAAAUAUAAUUUCAAUAGCAAACGCGGCACGAAUAUUAGCAGUAUUUCCAACACCAUCGAUAAGCCAUCAAGUAGCGUUUCGACCGUUAACACAAGAACUAGCAAGGAGAGGUCAUGAUGUUACAGUUAUUACCCCAGAUCCUGCCUUUCCCAAAGGCCAGGCUCCGGCCAACUUGACGGAGAUCGAUGUCCAUUUCUCUUACGAUUUCUUCGGAGGAAUCUUUGAUAUGCAUCAAGGAGAUAAAGGAGGACUUAUCAGGCAGGUUCAGGAAAUUUUCGAAAGUAUGACAACGAUUUUUGAAAAACAGUUGCAAGUACCAGAAUCAAGGAAGUUGUUUGAUCAGAAUUUUGAUUUAAUAAUAAUGGAAGCGCAUGUGCGACCUGCUUUAGGAUUAGGUCAUGUGUUCAAUGCCCCAGUUAUUCAAUUCAGUUCGUUGGGAGCUGGUGGCGCCGUUUACAAUAUGUUUGGAGCACCAUCACAUCAGCUUUUGUAUCCAUCUCCAGUCGCGAACAGGCUAUACGACCUAACUCUCUUUGAAAAAGCUGAAGAGUUGUUGAAGAAUUCAUUCAUUGAAUAUAUUGUAUCAACCACAGAGGAAUUUGAAUAUCAAAUGAUGAAAAGAACUUUUGGUGAUGACGUGCCGAAUUAUGAAGAGCUAGAAAAAAAUGUCCAGUUAUUGUUUUUAAAUGAACAUCCGAUUUGGGCGGAUAACCACCCUGUGCCACCUAAUAUUGUUUAUGUUGGAGGUAUUCAUCAAAGUCCACAACGAGAAUUACCCCAGGAAUUUAAAACAAUUUUAGAUGCAUCGAAGAAUGGAGUUAUAUACGUCAGUUUCGGUUCUAACGUCAAACCUUCCUUAUUACCACCGGAAAAGCUUGCAGUAAUGACAAAGAUUUUGUCUAAAUUACCAUACGACGUAUUAUGGAAGUGGGACGGAGAGGAGCUGCCAGUGAAAGCAAGCAAUAUUAAAUUUUAUAAAUGGUUCCCCCAAGUUGAUCUUUUAAAACACCCGAAAGUCAAGUUAUUUAUAACUCAAGGUGGUAUACAAUCAGCAGACGAAACAAUCAACGCGGCUGUACCAGUUAUCGGUAUUCCAAUGAUUGCUGACCAAUGGUACAAUGUCGAGAAAUACGUGAAACAUGGAGUUGGUCUGAAAAUAGAUCUGUCUGAAUUAACUGAGGCAACUUUCGAGAACGCUGUGAGGAGAGUUAUUGAAGACAAAAGUUUCAAGAACAACAUGAUAAGACUCCGUUCGCUCAUGAGGGAGCACCCAGUGCCGCCACUAGAGCUUGCUGUGUGGUGGGUGGAGCAUAUACUGCGACAUGGCGGUCAGCACCUGCGCUCCCCCGCAGCGGGGCUCACCUGGACACAGUAUUAUGAAGUGCCCUUGGUCCUCACUAUUUUAGCUGUAUGUUUGAGUAUCAUUGUAGUCAUAAUUUUACUGGUAUUUUGUAUUGUAAGGAAGCUUUUUUGUAUUAAAAGUAAUUUACGGAGUAAAACAAAAAUUAGUUAAG